AUGUCUUCGAGUUCAAAGCAUAGUAGUAGUAAAAAGAAGCAAUCGAAGUCACAAUCGAGGUUAUCAUCAUCUUCAAUUUCCGAGCCGGCCACUCCACCCUGUAACAUAGCCGAACCACAGAACCUAGCCUCUCUCCGCCAAGAAGCUUCUCGAAUCUUCCCAUUCUUCAUUUCAGAAUCGGCUUUGGUAGUCGAAAUCACCGAUGUCGAGUCUACCGAUUCUCUUUCCAAAGGUUCCAAAAUUUGGCUUUCCGAGUCUUCUAUGAUGACAUCUUCUCUUGCUCCGGGUUCACUUGUUUCGGUGUCUAUUCCAUCUUCAAGUAAAGAGAUUACGCAAUUGCAUAACUUUCCUCUCACAUCAUUGACCACUGAAUGUGUCCGAUACUACAGAUUGGAAACAUGCAACAGAUUGAAUCAUGUUGCAGGAAACUACUUUGCUAUUGCAACUGUGUUUCCUUCUAAGAAGGUAUUGAAGAGUGGAGUACGUCUGUCUUCUAAUCUUUCCAUUGUUAUGGGAUGUCCUCCUUUGGGCAUAAGUGUGUUUGUUCACCCAUUUCAGAAACAGUACACAUCUUGUAUUGCAAAUGGGAGCAAUGGACUGCGUUCUGGAGAAAAAGUAUAUAAUUGCAAGGAGUUAUAUCUUCAGUUGGCUCCUUGUAAGAGUGGACUACCAUUGAAAGUCAAUAAUUUCCUCCCAUUAGACGUGUCUAAGUCAAAAUCCCGUGCCCAAUCUGAGAAUGAUAUUGUUGCAUCUCCUAAAACACCUUCUUAUGUAUCAAAAUUUUCUAAUGGAACUGUGUAUUCUUCCCCCGUAUUUGAAGAUUCAGCAUCAAGUGUAACGAAUUACAACGAUCAAUUGGUGACUUCAUUUGAUGUUAGCAAGGCAUUAGGAGAUGAAAGUUCCAAAAAAUUACUAGAAACAUGUGCGACUUCAUGGUUAUACUCUCGUUGUUUAUUGCUAGGGAAUCUUGUCAGUGUCCCAAUGUUUUCUGAGUUUUGCAUUUUCCAAGUGAUGGGAAUUAAAAAGGCGCCAGCUAUCACACAUGACUAUUGUUCAUUGAAUGGGAGCAGUAAUUUAAAUAUUGAGGAUUUGGAUAUAGUAGAGAAUGGAAAUCUGGCUUUCACUGUCAAUUGGGAAACUAAGGUAUUUUUAUCUUUGCCAUCAAAUGAAGCAUUUGAAGAGUCAGUUCUAAGGGAUUUAUCGUGUUUGAAACUUGAUCACAAGGUUGUAAAACCUAGCAUACAUAAUAAUAUUUCUAAAUUAGGUGGUUUAUCUAAAGAAGAAACGCUUUUAAAGGAAACAAUUUCGUUUUUAGGGGACGAUAUUUUAACAAGAUUUGGUAUGCAUAAUACUAAAGGAGUCCUUCUUCAUGGCCCACCUGGUACAGGAAAGACUUCCCUGGCUCAAUUAUGUGCUCAUGAUGCUGGGGUCAGAUUUUUCUCGAUAAAUGGACCCGAAAUUGUUACCUCAAAUUACGGUGAAAGUGAGAAAGCAUUGCAAGAUGUUUUUGAUUCAGCCAUUCAAGCUGCACCUGCCGUGGUAUUUAUAGAUGAAAUAGAUGCAAUUGCCCCUCCAAGGAAAGACGGUGGUGAUGAGCUAUCUAACAGAUUGGUUGGAACCUUAUUGCUUCUGAUGGAUGGAAUUAGAAGAAAUGAAGGGUUACUUGUAAUUGCUGCUACUAAUAGGCUUGACCAUAUUGAUCCAGCUCUCAGACGGCCUGGAAGAUUUGGCAUGGAAAUUGAAAUCGGUGUGCCAUCACAAACGCAGCGAAACGAUAUUUUGCGCACUAUUCUCUGUGAAAUAGAUCACUCUCUUUCAGAGACACAAAUUGAAGAGCUUGCCUCAAUAACUCAUGGAUUUGUAGGGGCUGAUUUAGUCGGCCUUCUCGAUUGGGCAACUUUUAUUUGUCUUCGGCGUUAUUUUGAACUUAAAAAUAAAGAGACUUGCAGUGAUAGUUCUGAUGACAUGAUAGAGCAACCCAAUCCGUUGGAUAGUGCAACAAACUCCAGAGACCAUUCAAGUAUUGGAACUUCUGAAAUUAUUGAUAAGACGCCCGAAGAAGAGCCUAUUUUGAACGUGACUUUUGAGGAUUUUCAGAAGGCUAGGUCUGAAAUAAGACCUAGUGCCAUGAGAGAGGUGACCCUUGAGGUUCCAAAGGUUAAUUGGGAAGAUGUUGGUGGCCAGAAGGAGGUCAAAAAUCAAGUGUUGGAAGCAGUAUUAUGGCCCCAAAAGCACCACGAUGCAUUCACCCGUAUUGGGACUGAUCCUCCAACAGCCAUAUUGCUGUUUGGGCCUCCAGGUUGUAGCAAAACCCUCAUGGCACGUGCAGUUGCUUCUGAAGCAGGGCUGAACUUUCUAGCAGUCAAGGGUCCUGAACUCUUCAGCAAAUGGGUUGGAGAAUCUGAGAAGGCUGUCAAAUCAAUUUUUGAGAAAGCAAGGGCAAAUGCCCCGUCAAUUGUGUUUUUUGAUGAAAUAGAUAGUCUUGCUAUAACUCGUGGGAAAGAUGGUGAGAGUGUUUCAGUGUCUGAUAGAGUCAUGGCUCAGCUUCUUGUUCAAUUGGAUGGUGUGCGUAAAAGAGGUGAUGUUACUGUCAUAGCUGCUACAAAUAGGCCAGACAAGAUUGACCCUGCUCUUUUACGACAAGGACGCUUUGACCGUCUGCUAUAUGUUGGACCUCCAAAUGAGAUUGACAGAGAAGAGAUAUUUAGUAUUCAUUUGCGCAAAACUCCACAUGAUUCUGAUGUUAACAUGAAAGAACUGGCUCAACUGACAGAUGGUUUUACCGGGGCUGAUAUAUCACUUAUAUGUCGAGAAGCAGCUCUUGCUGCAUUGGAGGAAAGCUUUGAUGCUUCUGUUGUAAAAAUGAAGCACUUUAAGAUAGCAAUCGAACAGGUUCAGCCAACAGAAGUUCAGUCCUACCAAAAGCUAUCAGAAAAAUUUCAAAGGGCCGUGUUCUCUCCUGUGAUAUAA